UGUUUGUAAAGUAAAAUUUGAACCGGCGGCUACCGCAAGACAACUGACUAAUAUAAUGAGGAAAACGCUUGUGACAAAUGAAGAUACUUUUUGUGCGGCUUCAAGUGUAACGCAUAGAUUCACUUUGAAACAGAAUUCCGCUAUUGGGACAUUACUUUGUUCAACUUGACAAUAGAAUAAUGUAAGUUUUUUAGCAUUAUAAAAAAUUUAUCAUUUCGGCACGGUUGACGAUUCAGGUUAAAUUGAUAAUAAAUCAACAAUGUAGAUUAUUCUGACAAUUAAGUCAUGUGUUUUCAUUUUGCUUCUAUCCGCGAUAUCUUGAAAUUAUAGUAAAAAAGAAACGAAAGGAUGAUCACUGCAAAUUUCAUAUCACAUUGCAAGACGUUUUUUAUAAUUUUCUUUAUAAUAAUGAGUCCUCGUGCUGCAAUAUCUAAUUCUGAAAUUAUAAAAACUUUAAAAUAUUUUGAAAUUUGUGACAAUCAAACCGGCAAAUUGAAAUCUAAAUUUAAUUCAGUGUGGAGAGACAUAUGCGCAACAUGGGACAAUCAAAUGAAACAUUUUAAUUUAUACUUUUAUGUCUAUCAAAAUCGGCAUAACGUUUUCGAAACAUAUAAAAAGAUGAAAAAUGUGAUUAAUUUCAAUAACUUUACGAAAGAAAUUCUAAGUGAAACUGAUGACAUAGAUAUUUCUGACUUGUGUAAUGAUAGUAAUAGCAAUAGCUUCGACAGUUUUGAAUGGAAUACGCAACAUCCAUGUAAUGAUAAAAAAAUUCAAUUUAAAAUUGUUUUAUCAAAAGAACAAUGGUUAAAUAUCAAACCAGAAGAGAAAGUCAAUAAUAGAGGAGAAAUUUAUUAUUCUUUGAAGAAUGGGUGGACACAUAUCUUGUCUGAAUUAAUUUUUCUACAAGAAAAAUUACCAUGUGCGUAUUCUUUCAAGAACCAAAAAGUAAUACACGCGAACUGUUAUGCUACAGAUUAUAUUGUAAAAAUAAAUGGAUUUUGCAGUGAUCAUAAUUGUAAAGCUCAAAUUUAUGGGCAAGGAUUAUUUCAGUUUACCAAUGAUGAUGAUAUAUCGCUCGAAUUCGUUACCUUAAAUACUAAAGAUUUAUUACACUCCAAAAAAAGAUAUGUGUCCGGAAUUCGAAAAACGUCGUUUAAAAAGCAUUUGAAACAUAAAAAAGCCGAUGUAUUUAGAAGUGAAUUAAUUAGAAAAUAUCAUAAAUAUGGCGAUCAAAUUGGUCCUUUGGUACCAAAUAACAAUGUUAUUAAUGGAGUGCGUUUCGAGGCUAAAAAUGAAGAAUUCGGUGUUAAAGAUAAUGUAUGGAAAUCUUUAACUUAUUUUAAUUUCCUGUGUCAUUAG